AUGGUUAUUUCAGUGAAUUUAGGUUUAAUAUGGAUCCUUCUUUGGAUCUAUGAUAGCUUCGUGAAUGGCUUGGAUUUCGAUAGAUUACCAGAAUUACACAAAAGAGAUCAGUCAGAUUUCUCAGGAAAUUCAACUGUACGCAUAAAGGGUAUUUCAAUUGGAGGUUGGCUUACCACUGAACCAUAUAUUACUCCAUCUUUGUACGAUACAGCAUUUAAUAUAGUAUCGGAGACAACUGGCGGAAACGCUACAAAUAUUGUUGAUGAGUACACUCUCAGUCAGGCGCUAGGCUAUGACAGAGCACGAGAUCUUCUGGCGGAACACUUUAAUACAUGGAUCACCGAAGAUGACUUUCGCCAAAUAAGUGAAGACGGGUUUAACUUGGUUAGAAUACCUAUUGGAUACUGGGCAUGGAAGACCGAUAGCGCGUCAAAUACAUACCUUGGAAGCAUAACUUUUGAAGAUCCGUAUGUGAGUGAUGGAUUACAAUUGAGGUACUUGGAUAAUGCAUUAGGUUGGGCCGCGAAAUAUGGGUUAGAUGUUUGGAUUGACCUCCAUGGUGCUCCCGACACUCAAAAUGGGUUCGAUAAUUCAGGUCAAAGAGAUUUAUUCAAUGAGUUAAAUUGGCUCAAAAGUGAAACUUCAAGAGAUUUGACCAUGGCAAUUUGGGAAUCAAUCUUUGAAACUUACUUGAGCAGAAAUGUGACUAAUUCCGUAGUAGGUAUUGAAAUUAUGAAUGAACCUUUGAGCCCAAGAUUGGAUGAAUAUUCAAUGAAAGAGUAUUACUAUAAGGCCUUUGAAUUGUACAAGCAAGGCAAUAUAAAUAGUGAUAACACGACGUUUGUGAUCCACGAUGCAUUCAAGGAAAUAGGCCAUUGGAAUUUGUAUUUAAAUCCAGAUUACAACAAUGUUACUGCACAGUACGCUAAUUUUAGUAACAUAACUUUCCAGGCUUCGAGUAUUCUUGUGGAUCAUCAUCAUUACGAGGUUUUCACGGAGUUCCAAUUGCAUAACAACCAAAGUUCUAGAAUCACUGAUAUAAUGAACUAUGCUGAAUCCGUUUCGAGUGAACUAUCGUUCCAUCCCGCUCUUAUCGGAGAGUUCUCAGCUGCUCUGACAGAUUGUGCCCUUUGGAUAAACGGCGUGGGCAUCGGAGCCCGCUACGAUGGUUCGUACUAUAGAACUACGAAUUUUACCACAGACUACGAUCCCGUUGGACAAUGUCAAUCACAAUUGCCGGUUUCAAAUUGGACAGAUGAGUUCAAGGAUCACGUUAGACAGUUUGUAGAAGUACAGUUGGCCACGUACACUGAGAAAUCAAACGGUUGGAUAUUCUGGAAUUGGAAGACUGAAAACGCCACGGAAUGGGACUAUCUGAGAUUAAAAGAGAAUGGUUUAUUUCCAACUCCACUUGACAACUACACUUACUUCCAGAGUGAUGGCCAAAUGCAAAACUUUUUCUCAAGCUCCCUCUUUCCGCGACCAUCAACCUCCAGCAGUGCGACUUCGACGACAAGUAGUACUCAGAAAAGCAAUGGCGCAAGCUCGCUUCACCAGAUUUUUAACUUAUCCACAAAUCCAGAGAAGAUGAGUUUCGCCUGGAAAUUUAGCACCUUGGUUACUGUUAUCUGCGUUUUCACGUUUAUCAAUAUUAUGUAA